CAUGAUGCCUUGCAUGGUCCGUUGCCGGGAUACAGCACAUUCUUCACGAUGGUUCAGCUAGCGGCUGUCGCCAGCACCAUUUUGAGGCAGAAAGACGCGUUUAGACUGAACUCAGACCGUCAGUAACUUUACAUUGAAAACACAUAAAGGCAGGAGGUUUGUGUCUGUGACUGUUUUGUCCUCGGACGUCGUGUGUUUCCCGUCUCGGUCGGUUUAAACCCUCCCGUGCUUCGGUUUGUCGUUAGCAGUUUGUUGCUGUGCUAGCUUCACUAACAGGGCAAUGUUUUGUAAUAAGGUCGGUACUAACGGUCAGAAAAGCGGUUAAAUUGGUUGGAUUAUCGAUGCUAGCGGACAGAUAAACUGUUGUGUCGAUAGGGACCUCUAUUACACUCACAGACACACAGGUGAACCGGUUAUAAGUCGGUUUAAAUUGGUUUAUAAACACUGAAUCAGGGCUAAAGCGAAUCUGACCGGUAUAUAAAUGUGUGUGACCGUCGUUGGGUCCACCCGGUAAUCUGUCGGUGUCCUAUGGAGUGGACUGAUCGGGGUAAAGACACCGAACUGUUGAAGAACCAGCCGUACGACGAGAGCCUGGAAGUGAUCGACUCCGAGGAGGUGUUGAGCGUCUACAGCCCGACUCCCCACAGCCAUCGUCAGUCAGAGUCCAGGAGGAGCAAGAAGGGUCGUGGCCUGAUGUCGGCCGACAGCAGCAGUGACGAGUUCGAUGAGGACCACAAGUCUCAGAGAGCCAAAGAGCCGAUCCGCAGGAAGCCUGAGCAGGCUGAGGAGGACGAGGAGGAAGACGAGGACGACUCAGAUGAAGAGGAUACAGACGAUGACGAUGAGACCGGACAGGCUCCGGAGGGGGCGUAUGACCCCGCCGACUACGCCAACCUGCCCGUCAGCACCGAAAUCAAAGAGCUGUUCCAGUACAUCACACGUUACAGUCCUCAGACCAUGGAGCUGGAGCACAGCCUGAAGCCGUUCAUCCCAGACUUCAUCCCAGCUGUGGGCGACAUCGACGCCUUCCUGAAGGUACCGAGGCCGGAUGGUAAAGCAGACGGUCUGGGUCUGCUGGUUCUAGACGAGCCCAGUGUAAAACAGUCCGACCCCACGGUGCUGUCGCUGUGGCUGUCAGAGGAGACCAAACAGCACGGGGCCGCCAAGUUGAAGAAGGUGACGAGUGUCGCUAGUCCUCAGUCCAACCCUCGGGUGGUGGACAGCUGGGUGGAGAGUAUCAGUGCUCUGCACCGCUCCAAACCUCCGGCCAGCGUCCAUUACAGCCGUCCCGACAUUGACGGCCUGAUGCAGGAGUGGCCGGCCGAGCUGGAGGAGCUGCUUGGCCGCCUGCAGCUGCCCCCCGCCCGCCUCCACUGCAGCCUGCCGCAGUACACCGACAUCAUCUGCAGCCUGCUGGACAUCCCCGUUUACAGCAGCAGGAUCCAGGCUCUGCACCUGCUGUUCAGCCUGUACCUGGAGUUCAGAGACUUGCAGCACUUCACACGCUGAGCGCAGACCUGAUGCCACAGUGAGAGAGUAGAAGGACUUGGUCUCACCCAGGUCUGACAAAGUAAAGGGCAGCGGGUGCAGAAACACAGACACUGGAGUGAUCCAUAACCCCAGAACCUUACUGGUACCAAGCAGAACAUGUAAAGUAUCAAAACUGUGUUUUAGUGACAACAUCUGGUCAGACUGAUCAGAGUUGAUCAGAGAAUUCCAGGUUUAACUCUGUUUAGUUUCAGACUAUUUUGUUUAGACAGAGCUACUUGUGUUUAGACAACAUGUGAUGUCUUUGGCUGCUUUUGUAGGAAAAUACUUUUAUAAAUAUCACAGUAAUUCGACUCUUUUUACUGUGAUACUCUGAAAUAAAGGCAGUGCCAUAAAAAUCCU